GAAAAAGGAAGAAACCGUCAUGAGAUUCCAUAACCAUCUUUCAGUUACUGUCUGUAUGACAACCCCUCUAAACUCUUGUGAUUUCUGUUCGCUUGGAAUCAUAAGAAGGAAAAUAUCCGGGUUAAAAGAACGACUCUUUUUUCUGCUUUAGCUUUCAUCUUUUGAUUAGGUUUUCAGGACUUAUAGUUUUUCAGACGCUGAAUCAAAAUAAUGGAGAAGCUGCAUGUUCUUUUUGUGAAACAUCACAGUGAAGAUCUCAUCCCGAGGGUUCAUUUUGUCAUGCCCAUUGCUGAUGCAUUGAAAGACGAUGCAAUAAUUCAGCAACAAAUAUACUCACAGAUUCUGAAUUCGUCUACAGAUGUGAAUAAAAUGAAAGUCCUCUUACAUGCUCUGGGCACUGACAACACAAAAUAUGCUUUUUACAAUGAGUUGAAAACUAGGAAUCCAAACCUGGUUGAAGAUCUUGAACAAAAAGAUGCUCAAUUUGUGGACUAUUGGAGUGCAGAUCUUAUCCAGAGGGUUACUACUGUGAUGCCCAUUGCUGAUGUAAUGAUGGCUGCUGCAAUAAUUGGCUCUGAAACAUACUCAAAGAUUCAUGCAGCCACUACACCAAUGGAUAAAAUGAGAGAGCUCCUUAAGACUCUAAACUCUGACAAAGCAAAAUCUGCUUUUUACAGUUUGCUUAAAGACCAGCAGAAUUUACUGGUUAAAGAUCUUGAACGAAAAGGAGUUCAACAAGGGAUUCCAAGGUCUUCGGGACAGACCUCAUCAAAAUUACGGAAAAUUGAAUCUCCCCCUCAACAUGCAGAAACAGUACAAGUGCAAACUAUUGAACAAACGACAGAGGAGAAACAAAUCCCCGGGUGCAACAUAUCCUCCAUAAGACAUGGUACAAAACUAGAGGGGCUGUUAAAAGAGACUGACAUUGAAAAAGUGGGGAAUCUCUACUUUAAAAAAGAUGAGAAGUACAUGAUUAGCCCUAGUGGAAGCGGCGCACAAGUAUAUAUUGGCUUGAGGAAAGAUGGCAUUGAGGUGGCCAUUAAAUUAAUAACAAAGAACCCAAAGAACAACAAAGAGAUUGAAAAUGAGCUGAAACUUUUGCAAGAUCUGAAGCUUGAGAGCCAGUAUAUCGUCAGAUAUGUGACCUUUGAAGUGGAUAAAGACUUUUUCUAUCUUGCAAACCGGCUUUGUGAAUACGAUCUAGUGGACUACAUGGAUGAACUCCGUGUCCAGGAGCAAAAAGACAAUGACUACGCUUUGAGGAAAAUAGUGAAGGAGAUGCUUCUUGGGCUUCAAGUCCUUCACGACGCUGGAGUGAUACAUCGUGACAUAAAGCCUAGAAAUGUUUUGAUAGAUGUAGAAAAAAGGGCAAGGCUGGCUGACUUUGGUAUCAGUCGCAAACUGGAGGAGGGAAAAACCACAGUGUAUACUGACAGAGCUGGUACACGAGGCUGGGAGGCAACAGAGAUGCUGAAUCAGACCAAAAAGGGCCGCUACAAGAAGAGCUCAGACAUCCAGGUUGCGGGAAUGUUAACCCAUUACAUAAUCUCUGAUGGGAAACAUCCUUUUGGAGAUGACAUCUGCUGUGAGGUGAACAUCUAUAAAGGUGAAUAUUGUCUUGACAGUGACCUUGACAAAAAAGCAACGGAUCUCGUAGAAUGGAUGAUCAACAAAGACCAAGAUCAGAGACCAACCGUUCACAAGGUUUUAGAUCACCCUUAUUUCUGGGAUGAUAAAAGGAUAAAGGAGGUCCUUCACAAUCUGGGUAAUAAAGAGGAAGUCCAGGAAUACAAGAAUUAUGAAAGCAAUAAAGAGCUUCAUGACACUGUACAGAAAUACACAAAAGGAAAAUCCUUCUGUGAUUGGAAGUCAAAGGCUCCUGAAACAUGGACAAAAAUUGGAAAACAUCUUCCCAAUGACUUACUCGGCCUAUUACGGUAUUUGCGCAAUGCACUGGGACAUCAGGAAAAACUCUUCUAUGCAGAGAACAUGAUUGAUCGGUUCCCAGAUUUCCUCAUCAGUUUACACCGGUUGGCUACUGACAUGGGCUGGGAAUAUUGAAGAGACUGGAUGGAUGCAGACACCUAUCCACAAGUUUCCGAGGGGCGCUCCUGUAAAAAAUAAAGUGGGUGAAACUUCCGGUGACGCGGCGGAAGUAG